AUGACUGAGUUUGAUUCCUCGGUGUGUAACUCUUGGUGGGGUAUUGAUAAUUUUGAUCUUGUGGUUCGGAAUUCUGAAGGGCGUUCUGGUGGUUUGGUUAGUGCUUGGAAUAAAAACGUUUUCCAAGCUUCUAGCAAAUGGGACGUCAGCGGGGCUGUGGUGGUGAAUGGAAAAUGGGUUCAAGAUGAUGUUGUGUGCUGCAUCAUUAAUGUCUAUGCACCAGUUGGUUCGGAAGAGAAAUCUAGACUUUGGGAUGUUAUAAAAAAUAUAGUGGAACAAAAUGCCGAUCGCGGUGUCUGUGUGAUGGGGGAUUUUAACGCAGUGCGGAAGCGGGAAGAAAGAGUUGGAAGUGGGGAUUCUUAUGGGGUAGCAGAUGCAAGAACCUUCGACAGUUUUAUCGGUGAUAGCGGCCUUACAGAAAUCAGAUCCCAAGGGCGAAAAUUUACGUGGUAUAAGCCGAAUGGGAUGUGUAAAAGUAAACUGGAUAGGUUUCUGGUUAACGACGCGUGGCUGCGUCAAUGGGAGGGGUCGAUGGGACGUGGUCUGCAGCGCACCAUUUCGGAUCAUUGCCCUAUUGUUUUGGUGUCAAAAGUAGAAGAUUGGGGACCAAGGCCUUUCAGAUUCCUCAAUGUGUGGGGGACACAUCCGGAGUUUGAACAACAGGUUAGGAAAGUGUGGACGGCAAACGGAAUGACGGGAUGGAGAUGCUUCGUGGUCAGUGAAAAAUUGAAGAAACUGAAAACGGAACUGAAAGAAUGGAAUAAAUCCACUUUUGGGAAUAUUGAUGAAAGGAUACGGGUUUUGAAGAUUGAAUUGCAAGCUCUUGACCAGAAAGAUGAAGAGCAUGGAAUUGAGGAGUCUGAAAUCAUUCGAAGAAAUGAAAUCCAAGCGAAUAUUUUCCUACAGCUGAAAGACAAACAAAGGGUCUUGCAACAGCAAGCCAAGGUUCGGGAGUUCGAUUUGGAGGAGAUCAAGGAGGCGGUGUGGAGCUGUGGUGGCGACAAGAGUCCUGGUCCAGAUGGGUUCACGUUCUCCUUUUGGAAGAAUGCAUGGUCGACAGUAAAGGAUGAUCUUCUCCAAGUUCUGAAAGAGUUUUUCGAGAACGGGAGGAUCCCCAAAGGAAGCAAUACUUCGUUCAUUGUACUUAUCCCGAAGAAGGAAGGGGCAGAGAAGCUGGAUGAGUUCCGACCGAUCUCACUGAUCAAUAGCUUAUACAAAAUCAUUGCAAAAAUCCUUGCAGGGAGGCUGAAAAUGGUGAUGGGGUCUAUUAUCUCGGACAAACAGUGCGCUUUUAUCAAAGGUCGGUUCAUUCUUGAUGGAGUGGUUAUUCUCAACGAAGCAAUUGCGGAAGCAAAGAAAAAGAAGAUUGGUCGUAUUUUCUUCAAGAUCGAUUUUGCUAAAGCUUACGACUCCGUUCAAUGGGAUUUUCUUGAUGCUUUAUUCGGUCGUAUGAACUUCGAUCAGAAAUGGCGGAAUUGGGUGAAGGGAUGCCUCGAUUCGGCGUCAGGCAGCGUGCUGGUGAACGGAUCAUCCACAGGUGUUUUCAAAAUGGAACGAGGUCUUAGGCAGGGGGAUCCGUUGUCCCCUUUCCUCUUUUUAGUCAUCGCCGAAGUGUUAAAUGCCCUGAUGGAGAGAGCUACUGAUCUCCAGCUCGUGGCUCCGGCUGUUCUGGGGAUGGAUAAAAUUUCUGUGUCGCAUCUUCAAUAUGCAGAUGACACAAUCUUCCUGUUGGCAGCUAACGAGGGGAAUGUGACUUUUAUUAAAAGGAUCCUUCUUCUCUUCCAAUUCCUUUCAGGGCUAAAAAUCAACUUCGACAAGAGCAACUUGAUGGCAGUUGGUGUCGAGAAUGCGUGUUUAAGGAGGUGGGCAGGUUAUCUCAACUGUAAGGAGGGAUCUCUUCCUUUCAAUUAUCUCGGUAUCAAGGUUGAGGGACGGAUGAAUAGCAGUGUGGAAUGGAGUUGCGUCGUGGAAAAAGUGUUGAGGAAAAUCAGAGGUUGGAAGAAGAAAUCUCUUUCUUUGGCAGGGCGUAUCGUUCUGGUGAAGUUGGUCCUUCAAGCCAUCCCAGUGUUUCAAUUGUCUUUUUCCUUCAUUCCUAAAUCGGUAAUUCACGACCUCAACUCCGUUUUUGGAAAAUUUUUGUGGGGGGGAAGUGGCGUGUCUAGGUCUAUUGCUUGGUUCAAAUGGAAAGACAUGUGUGUCGACAAGCUUCAAGGGGGAUUGGGCUUUCGAAACAUUGAAUGGUUUAACAAGGUCUUGGUGUUAAAAUGGGUGUGGAGGUACUUGGUCGAGAGGGAGGCGCUGUGGGUCAGGGUGAUUAAAUCCUUGUACGGGGAUUUGUCAAGAGGGGUGGGAGGGGAGUGGAGGGUGGAGAAAAGGGGCGGGAUGAAGGGAUGGUGGUCGAAAAUUGUUGGGAGAGCAGGGAGGGAGGAAGAAAAGUGGUUUAGUGGCAAUAUUCAAAGGAUUAUGGGGAAUGGUAGAGAGGAGGCUGGGGAAUGGACGGAGGAAGGAUGGAUGUGGGAUCUCAAGUGGCGAAGGGAGCUGAGGGAGAGGGAGAAGGAGAUGGAGGAAAAUUUGAUGUCAGUCAUUGGGACGCUUUCUCCUUGCCUAGAACUUAUGGACGGCUGGAGCUGGAAGAACGCAGCAGGGGAGAACUUCUCGACUAAAGCGGCCUAUGAGGAGUGCGCAAAGGCGGAAGGAAUGUCCUCAUCCCAGCCGAAGAACAGUGGUGCAAUGCAUGUGUAUGGAGGGAGGAAACAUCUGAACAUUCUUUUCUCCAUUGUCCGAAAGUCGAUCGCGUGUGGGACAAAAUCCAUCAAUGGAUUGGAAUGGAAACGGCUAAACCACAAAAAGUCGAAGAUCAUUUCAUAUCUUUCAUUGGAGGAGGAAGAGAAUGAGUUUCUUCUCUCUCUAGACUUCUAUUGUGGUGGAUAUUUUGCGAGGGAGAUAUAUGAUCGCGUGCGAUCAGUUUCUUCUGCUCUCGUCAUUGUAAAUUAG